GACAAAGUUGUAGAACCCGGUCUACGUAUUUAAUUAACAACCCUCGUAUAAAUGUUUAAAAACAACUUAUGGUUCCAAUUUAUAAAAGAUCGUACUGGACCUACAAAAUUAUUAAUUAACACGUAGAUCUACCAGAGAGAAAGAAAUGGGAAACGCUAAAUCUUUAUUUUCAAAAUCAAAGUUGUGGAAACUGAACCCAAAAACCAUUGAAGAACUGCAAAAAACUAAAGAUGUUGAUUUUACAACCGAGGAAAUUGAAGAAUGGUUUCGGGAGUAUCAGUUAUCCCUCGACAAAGGCAUGUCUAAGUUGACUGUGAAGGAGUUUAAAGAAGUAUAUAACAGUGUGUUUACUGGCGACGCCUCGUCUUUUGUGGAGCAGUUGUUCCGAUGCUUCGAUACUAAUGGUGAUGGAUUUGUUGAUUUUAAAGAAUUUAUUGUGGGAUUAUGUGUCUCUGCUAGCGAUGACUUAGACAAAAAGCUUAAGUGGGCGUUUAAAAUGUACGAUAUCGACGGAAAUGGAACAAUAUCUAAAGAGGAGAUGACAAGUAUUUUCAAGGCGAUCUAUAACAUGACGAAUACUGGAGAGCUGAGCCAUGCGGAGGAGAUGUGCAACAAGGUUUUCGACACGUUUGACUUGGAUUAUGACGGAGAGAUCAGUUUCGAUGAGUUCAAACAAGGAGUGAUGAAUGACCAAACGAUAGUCAACUUACUUACGUGUGAUCCCAGUCCAGAAAUUGGAGAAUGACAACUGUUUCUUCAGAAUAUUGAUAAUGCACCUAAUGGCGACAUUUUCUGAUUGUCUUAUUCCAGAGAUAUUUGAAUAUCAUUAUUGCUAUAGAGACACCUUCAAACGUGUGUUAUGCUGCCCUUGAUCACUUGAAUUCUUGGCUGCGUGUCGCACUGGAAUUUCUUAACCUGACUGUAUUAUUGGGACAAUGUACAUACGUUAUCGUAAUUCAUACCGUUAUUUAUUACUAUACUAGUAGGUAGCUAUUUAUCAGUUUACUUUAUACAUGGUCUAAAGUAAUGGAGUUGGAACUUCUUAUGAACCUUUCUUUUCUUUUGACUGGGCAUUAUGGUAUUUCUGCACGUUCGAAUAUAUAUAUUUUUGUUUGCAUAAUGUAGAAUUUGACUAAACCCUGAUUUUUCAAAACUUUAGAAUACACUUAGAAAAUUCUGCAAAUAAAAGAAAAGAUAAGACCGUGUGCUCGAUUUUUGCAAGACUGAUUUGAAACGUUUUGACCUAACACAAGAUUUCAUAAUGGGAGUCUAUAGGAAAAUCACAAUUUUGAUAACAUUUUAGAGAAAAAAAUUCUUUUACAAAGUAGAAUUUAAUGAAACUUCUCCCAGUAGAAAAUAUACAUAUGGCCUAUAAUUUGGUGAAAUAAAAUGCAUAGGACCGUGCGCUUGUUUUCGAGGUCACGAUUUUCCAAUGAUUAAAGAUAUUCGCGCAUUUCGAGCAGAAAUCAAAACAUUUUUAACUUUCAUAUUUUAACUGAAGAAAGAUAGUAAUGUUGCCGCUGUAAUGAUUUUACUCGCUGGUUGCCAUUAAAACGUGCAAAACUACCUUAAUUCUCAUUGCCACCUCUCUUUGGUAUCAGUUUCACACCAGCAGUCUUUUAGUGCCGUGCUCCCCAUACUUCGAUUCGCUGUAGUUAUAAAUGCAUUCUGGUCUUUUUGCAGCACGUGAACAGCCUCAACCAAACCAAGUCUGCCAUUAUUUUGCUUAGUUACUUUCUACUCAUUCAAAAGAUCUUCUUGUAGAACGAUUAGCAGAAAUGUCCUUGUGUUAAACUUUGUCACUUACUAUAACAUUAUAGUCUAAAAUUCGGAUGUUUUGAAUGAGUGUGUAGCGUUGUUUCAUCUGUUUUAUUUAUGUAUUGUACAUGUAUAUAUUAUGUAUGAACACAGAUGAGAUUAAAAUACUAGUAAAGAAAGAAAUUAUUAAAAAAGAUUUACUCUGUGUCGUUAUAAUUGAUAAUUUUGUUAUCAUUUAAAUAUUGCACUCUCAGAAAAUUGCAAGAAUGUCUUGUUACGUAUCGUACCAUGUAUUUUCAUAACAGCUUCGUAACGUAACCAGUAUUUUAUUAACCGCUUCUUAUCGUACCCAGUAUUUUCUUAUGAAACUUCUCACAGUAGAAAAUAUACAUAUGGCCUAUAAUUUGGUGAAAUAAAAUGUAUAGGACCGUGCGCUUUUUUUUUUUGAGGUAUUUUCCAAUGAUUAAAGAUAUUCGCGCAUUUCGAGCUAAAAUCAAAACAUUUUUUAAUCAUUAACGUGUUAGAAUUUUUAUAUCAUAUUUUAACUGAAGAAAGAUAGUAACGUUGUCGUUGUAAUGAUUUUACUCGCUGUUUGCCAUUAAAACGUGCAAAACUACCUUAAUUCUCAUUACAACCUCUCUUUGGGAUCAGUCUUUUAGUGUCGUGCUCCCCGUACUUCGAUUCGCUGUAGUUAUAAAUGCAUUCUGGUCUUUUUACAGCACGUGAACAGCCUCAACCAAACCAAGUCUGCUAUUAUUUUGCUUAGUUACUUUCUACGCAUCCAAACCAUCUUCUUGUAGAAGGAUUAGCAGAAAUGUCCUUGUGUUAAACUUUGUCAUUUACUAUAACAUUAUAGUCUAAAAUUUGGAUGUGUUGAAUGAGUGUGUAGUGUUGUUUCAUCUGUUGUAUUUAUGUAUUGUACAUGUAUAUAUUAUGUAUGAACACAGAUGAGAUUAAAAUACUAGUAAAAAAAAGAAAUUAUUAAAAAAGA